AGAAGAAGCGUCGCCAUAGACUGGAGAACGGCGAGGCUGCCUACACAUCCUGUUACAGACCAACUACCUUGUGACGAAAAGGAAAACGCAGUUUUGUGGAAAUGGCAGCCCUAAAACAGUCUUGCUGUGGCUGUUCCCUCAAGACGGGUACCAAAAUAAUUGCCGUCAUAUAUCUGGUCGCCAGUGUAUUCGAGAUAGGAAUGGCAGCGAUAUGUCUGCAUGAGAACUACGGCAACGCCAUCGACAAAUGUAGGAGGUUCCGACAUGAUGAGAAUUUUCAAGUUGUUGUUUUGGAUUUCAGUAGCGAGGAUUCCGGCUACUGCAACAAACUGGGCACAGUGCUAUGCCUGUUGAAAGUUACGAAGACGCAGCUUAUCGUAUGCCUUGUGUUUGGCAUUACCCAGGCAGUGAGUGCUACGCUUCUCUUCUUUGGAGCGAGUGAGAGUAAGCCAGUUCUGCUCGUACCGUGGAUGGUUGUGCAAAGCCUAGUCAUCAUAACGAUGACUAUUGUGAGCGUUAUCGCAUGUGCGCGAUUUUUUCAUGCUGUCGAGAUAUCCCACUAUCCUGUGGUUGGUGCAGUCUACAUUUGCCUUAUGCUGAAUGUGUACAUCCUACUGGUGGUGUCCAGCUUGUGCCAGACACUCUGCGAACGCAGCCAGGGACGCACCUAGGCAAGACAGUGCGUGUGAGAAGCCAAGUGGAGAUCGGUGCAAGUUUCCGUCUCUACCCUUUAUCUGCAACACAUCGCUGUUGACAAAUGAGUUGAACCACGUCAGUUCUGCGACUACAAAAUUCUGUGUGCGCACAUCUACGAAGUUGCAGUGCUUAAUGUAUCCAUCGCUGGAGUCACACUUCUCACCUGUUACGUGCUGACUGUGACUUAGACCAAAGAUAAUAUAAACAGUGCAUGCCCUUUACCUUUGCCGUGUUAAUCUUUCAACCUGUAUCAACGUCAUGUGAUGGGUGGUCAAGGCCGAUGGCCUAUCAUAAUGUGGUUAUACAAUUUUUCCUAUUUAUACCUAAUGUAUGGAUUUUAACACAUUUACCUCGUAUUAUCACACAUGUGAAUUACCAAUAUUAAUUUGAUGAUUGCGGUUUUAAUAUUCGGCGAUGUCUGAGCUUUGUGUUUACUGUUGCAUCUGUAUACAAUACUCUAACUACACUGACAAAAUUUUGAAGGUUGCUCAGGGACCUGUAUUACUAAAUGACUAAAGCUAUACAGUUACAGGCUGCCUAUCUCAACGACUUACAGGGGUAACAAAAAUUCGAUUUUAGGUAUUUCAUAUAAUUAUUUAACAGAUUUAGAAAUGCAGCCAUAAUCUACUUAUUAAGAGGUACAAUCAUGUUAGAAGUUCAAUAUAAAAAGUGAAGUAUUCAACUUUAUAUAGCUUCAAAUAGAUUGAGAUUCCUCAAAAGCAACUGUCAAAUGUUUUUUUAUGCUGCUAUGACAUCCACUUCUAUGCAUCACGUCCGAUUAUUAUGCAAAAUAGGAGUUGAUGUUUCAUAGCUUUUUCUCAGUUUACUACAGACGCUAAAACUCCAUUAGGACAAGAUGUGCACCGUAUUGGAGAACAUUUAUUAUUAAGCCCAUAGAUAAAUGUUUCUGUAGUACCGAUUUCAUUCGUUAAAUUCCUUUUUUUUCUUUUAGAUUGUAAAUUCAGAGGAAAUUUAAAAACUGGUAUCGCCUCAUUAUCAAAUGAUUCAGGUGAAAAAAUGUUUACCGAUGUGUUUUAUUACGCUCGUCCCCUUUCACAAAAUUUUCCGUUUCAAGCCAAGUGUUGAUACAUUUUUCUGGAACUACUUCAGAAUUGGUAGAAAGAAAGACAGUACUAAUGGCGUUUAAUAAAUUUCUGCACAUACUUUUCUAAGAUCACUACAUAAAAGCCAUCGUCAGAUUUGUGUAGAAAGAAAUACUCUUAAUUAAUAAAGAAGCUUCAAUGACAAUCUGCAAAAGUGUUAGCAAAAUACUGUCAUUUUUGACAAUCGUAUCUGUAGAACUAAUGGUUGAUUUCUUUCACAUACUUUUGCCAUAAUCCAAACUCUGUACGAGAUAUUAUCGUUCUGAAAAUGUUUGUGAAUGUAAAUACGGCAAGAAAGAAAAAUUUCACAUCAAAGAGAUGAUGGUUUCCAUACAAUAAUUGUCGAAGCAAUGGAAUGUGAGGGAUGUGUUGUUCAGUGCGCUAAAAAAGAGUAAUUUACUGCUUCU